UUCUGCGGACGGGUUCAUUUGCGGCGUUGUGCAACGCGUGACAACAUCUUCAACGUCGCUUCAGCGUCGUUUCUUUUUCCGGGAGGAAGACGAUGAGUUCGCUGCAGCGCGUGAAUCCCAGGGUGAGGGGGAUGAGGGGGUCGCCGCAGGCGGCCUUGCAGAGUCUGGCUGCGCGCAUCACGCAGGAGAUCUCACAGGGGGCGCAGAAAUCCUUCACGGAGGUGAUUGACGUCGAGUCAGGUGACCCGCACGGAGCGGGGAUGAAAUCCAUCUCCUUUGUUCGACAGGUCUUGGCAGUGUGUCUGUGUCCUCAGCUGCUCAAAGACAAGAGUCUUCCUCUGGACGUGAGGCUCAGGGCUCAGAGUCUCCUGGAGUCCUGUGAUGGAGGAAGUGUGGGCGCCUACACGCCGUCGUCCGGCCUGCACCGCGUCCGGCAGAGCAUCGCCGAGUUCAUCACGCGACGGGACGCCGGAGCGCCUUCGUACGCCAAAGACAUCUACAUCUCUGCCGGGUCUCAAAUGGCCAUGAUGGUGCUGGUGAAGAUGAUGGCCAGCGGUCAGGGGGAGACCCCGGCAGGUGUGCUGACCCCCGCGCCCUGCCCCCCCAAGCUGCCCAUGCUGCUGGACGACGCCGGGCUGACCUUGGUGCCGUACCAGCUGACGGAGGAGCGAGGCUGGGCCGUGGAGCUGGACGAGCUGCACCGAGCGCUGGAGGCCGCCAGGGGGCGCUGUGAGCCCCGGGCCAUUUACCUCAGUAACCCCGGAAUCCCCACAGGUCACAUGCAGGACCGGAAAUCCAUAGAGGAGGUGAUUCGGUUCGCUGCCGCGGAGAAACUUGUGCUGUUGGCUGACGAGGUUUACCAGGACAGUGUGUACGGAGCCGGCAGCGAGUUCGUCUCCUACAAGAGAGUCCUGUUCGAGAUGGACAAACACCUGUCGGACACCGUGGAGCUCGUGUCCUUCCACUCGCUGUCCAGUGGCUGCAUGGGAGAGUGUGGUCUGAGGGCGGGAUUCAUGGAGGCCGUCAACAUGGACGCCGGGGUGAUGCACUACGUGGACACGCUGAUGUGCUUCGACAUCAGCGCCCCGGUGACGGGGCAGCUCGCCCUGGACCUCAUGGUCAACCCCCCGAAACCCGGAGACGCUUCCUAUGACACGUACACACAGGAGAUUCUCCUCACUCGGGCCACUUUGUCCCAGAAUGCUCAGCGGGCGUGGCACUUCCUGAACGCCCUGCCGGGGAUGAGCUGUCAGCCGGCGAUGGGCGGAAUCUUCCUUUAUCCCAGUCUGCGUUUACCGGCGGCGAUCACAGAGCAGGCCGAGGCGUUGGGGGUGGAGCCAGAUGCUCUGUACUGUCAGAGGCUCCUGCAGGAGGAAGGUGUGAUCGUGGGAGCAGGUUGUCAACACGGAGACGCUGCCGCCGCCGCCGCCGCCGCCCGACGUCACCUGAGGUUGUGUGUGCUGGUCCCACCCGACACCCUGGCGGAGGCGCUGACUCGCCUCGGCUCCUUCCACCUUCGCCUCGCCGACGCGUGUUCUCCCCCGAACAGGAAGUGUGACGCACAGACGCGAGCGCAGAUCCUCAACGGCGACAAAGUCUGCACGACGGCGAGAAAUCAGGUCUAACGGCGUCAGGACACUUAGAACGGGAGGACGAGGAUAACAAUAAUAAUAAUAAUGAUAAUACAUUUCAUUUAUAAGAGACAAGUUAUGUCUUGUUGCCAUGUGGACACUUUCACCAUGUGAGAUAUUAAAAAAAAAUUAAGAAUAAAUGAAAAAAUACAACUGCAACAGGACUAAAACGGGAUGUUAUAUAAACUUAGUUCCACUAUUGUCGCAAAAAGAUUUUUUAAUUUAAUAUUUGACAACAUAAGAUAAAAUAAAAUGGAAACAAAAACAUGACAAUUCACAAUGUGCAGUAAACGCAGUCGUAGGACCAUAUAGUGGAGAGACUAGUAAUGUGUUGACGUGAAUUAACACAGUGUGUGAAAAGUAAUAUUUAAAGCAAUAUUUAUGUGUGUAAUUGGAACAAUUUCUUACGACUUUUAUGCCAAAUUGUGACAGAUUUAUUCCAGCGGUGACAUCAAAUGUGAAAUAAAAACUUAUAAAGAUAUAUAAAUAAAUAAAAAGACUGUAAUGA